UGCGAACACAGUAACCCAUGUACAGCAAGUUCAUCAAAUAGUAGUCCCUGCAUAGCUAAGAGCGAGAAGAAGUUUAGUUUCUGGUAGCUUGCUCAAACUCUACUGUUUUCUUCUUUUGCUCUGAUGAGCGCCGUCGUAUAUUAUUCUAGUCAUAUUUAUGCAAAUCUCGUUUUCUGAAGAUCAUUAUCGGUCGAGAAAAUGGCGACGAGCACCUUGGUCCAGAACUUGGCCGCCAACCCGGAGGCGGCCGCACAGUGCCUCCUGGAGCGGCUCCGGUCCGACAAGCCGGACGAAGGGCUUUUCCAACUCCGCGAAGCCAUCAAAGCCGGCCCGGAACAGUGUCAGCUGCUGGACGAGUAUCUGCACUUGAGUCCGCGGUGUGAAGAGCUGUUCAAAUUGCUCGAGUUAGGAACACCACGAGCAACAACGUUCCUCGAAGGCUCGAACAAGAACAGCAAGAAGCUGCGCCGGAGCAAUGACAUCAAGGAUGUUGCAGGAGCUGGUGAUGAUGUUGUGACAAAUGAAUCUCUACAUGAAAAGGAAAACGACGUCGACAAGAAGGGGGACAUAAUUCAAGAUCACGCGCAAAUUGGUGGAAAUUCUAAUUCAGACUACCAGCGACAGCUCUGCGUUUCCCUGGUCAUCGACAUUUUUGGCGCGAUUCUGGUAUGGAUUGCAAAUAUGUCUGGGUCUGGAAGAGUGGAACUUGUAAUGCAGGUCUCACAUUCCUGUAGAAUUUGUAUUGCAUGACCACCAAAAUACGCAGCCUCUUUUGUCUACACGAAAACGCAGUUUCUCAUGCGGGCUGUGCAUCAGAAAGCGUUCUGGAAAGUUGUCAUGCUUGGGUCUGCAUUCGGAAUUGCUUCCAUCAUUCACACUUUAGCAUCACAAGUUUCCAGACCCAGACACUUUUGCAGUUGAUAUCUGAUUCUAUACGGUGCCUGGCGAAAACCUGUUUUGACCGAAUUAUUGCAGUACAAAGCCACCGCUGGGGCGGCUCAGGGCCUGCAGCAACUGCUUUUGGGAGCAGGCAGUCUCGGGGUCGGGACGGUCGUCCCGAAAAAUGCAAAUGCUGGAUCAUCUUCAUCGUCUUCGACAAAUUCAAAUCAAAUCUCCUCGUCCCGGCACCACCAUCAUCAUCAAUCCGGAAACAACAACAUUGCGGAAAUUGUAACCAACCGAUUAUUGGAGCAGCAGAAUAUGUCGACAAUUCACCAAUUUCUCGCAAUUCAAGUUCAGUCCAAGGAGAAAAGCAAGCAGGUCCGCACCGCGGCGGUGUUCCGGUAUCGAAUGCAAAUUAUGUUUCGGUCUGGAAGGUUGCAACUUGUAAUGCUGUUUUUGGAUUUCAAAAAAAAUUGUAUUGCAUGACCAGGAACAGCAGUCCAGUUUCUGCUACACGGACGAGAGGGCAUUUAUUUCUCAUGCGGUUUAGGCAUCAGGAAGCCGUCUCAAAAUCUGUGAAGAUGCUAGAGCAUGCAUGCAUUACAGGCAUCAUGGAUCAUACAAAAUGUGCAUGACAAAUCUGGCAGUCUUCCAGACCCAAACAUAUUUGCAUUUGAUAUCCGGCUGUUGUGCGCCAUUUCCGCGGUGAGUAAGCAGGCGGCGAGAACUUUGCUGUAUCGGUUCCCGUUCGAGCAGACCGCUGCAGGUCUUGGGACAAGCGAUGGGAAAAGCAAGAGGCACACCAACGGCAAUGCUUCGAAACCAACCACCGGUAUCAACGUGUUUUCCAAAGCCCUGCAGCAGCAACUGGACGCGUUUGAUUCGGAAACCGUGAUGACAAAAUUGCUCCAAAGUCUGGAGAGCCACUGCGUUUUCCAGGUCAGCGACAAGCUUGGGGUGACGCUCCGCGGGCUCACUUGUUUCGAGGCGGAGCUGUACUUCAAGGACUCGGACGUGGACCCCACAGGGUGCAUAGACGACUACACCAGAGAGGUGUUGGACGAACAGAGGGUUACAGAACUGCUCGCCGACGCGGACGUACAGGGGCUGGCGAUGAAGGAAAUCAAGAAAAGGACCAAUACACAAGAUCCAGACACGACGACACGGCUGGACGAAGAAACAGAGCAACUAGUUGUACUACCUCGAAAGAAUAAAACAACUUCAUCUACAACCCAGACUACAUUGAGAAACAAGUUCUGGCCCAAUCUGUUUAAUCUGUUCGGGAAUUCUGUGCUGUUCCUGUACCUGGACUGGGUGAAAAUCUGCCUCGAGUACGACGACAGCGACAUUGCCAUGGUGCUUCUGAAAUCGCUGAUGAGCGCGAACGUCUUUCCAGCGUUGGCGAAAUUCUGCUGCAGCGGUGGAAAUAAUACGGAAGGAGAGGUACAACUAGUCGAGCAGCAAGCACGACUUCAGGCCGCUCCCGACAACAUCAGCAGCGAAUCCAUCUUUCCGGCCGUCGACUUUCUCAAUUUAAUCGACACGAAAUUGUUGAAGCCGAAGCAUUUGCCAAGGCUGGGGAAAUUGUUUUUCCUCAACAACCGCGCGAUGUCCGCGCUGACAAACAGUAUUUGGGCAAACAAUAGUAGAAAAACCCAAACGUUGUUGAAUAAGGGCAGCAAGAAGAUGAGAACCAAAAACAGUAAAGUGGUCAAGAAAUUAUCUUCGACAUCCAAAAUCGCCGCACGAAAUUCCUCCGCUGCCCUUCGUCGGCUCUUGACCCUGACCCGAAAAACGCAGGAAGACCUCCUGAACCGGAGUCUGCAGAACCAGCGAAAACGGGAGGCGAAGCAGGCCAGUGGCGCAAAGCGUGUAUCCGGAGCAAAAACGUACCCACACCAUAGUCAAGUUGGGGAAUCGGCUAGACAAAUCCACAAGUUUUGGCUGUUUUGCAUGACAAAUUUGGAUUUGUAGUGUAGUGCUGUUUGAGCUAGCUCAGCAGAAUCACAGAGCUAGCAUACCAUGCUGAUUGGAGAAUGACAAAUUGCAAAACACGAUUGGAAAAUGCUUCUCAUGUGGCUCCGCAUGAGAAACAUUUUCAGCAUGCAGAUUUGCAUUACAACUCUGGUGUGGGUACGUUUUUACUCAGGAUAGCGUGUUCGCUUUCACUAUGCAUUGCAAAUAUGUCUGGGUCUGGAAGAAUGCAAACUUGUGAAGCGCAUUUCAUAACACAUAAGAACCUCUCAUGCAUAAGCAGCAAAGAAAAGCUGCCCACUUUCUGUCACCAAAAUCGGGCAUUUGUGAUGUAGAUUCGGCAUUGCGGAAGCUUCUCGAAACCUCUGAUGCUAGAGCUUCCACGCCAGCCCUUCCUUGUCAUGCAAAAGCAGCAUGACUCUUCCAGACCCAGACAUUUUCGCAUUUGAUAUUCACCACACGGAGACCAAUUUUUUCGAGCCGGAGAGCGGACAAACUCUCGGGCGGCCGGAGGUGACCAGACUACAUGCGGACGACGCGAAGGAGAGCGGAGACAUCGAAACGGACGAGGAAAGGGAAGCGUUGCUGAAUCCGAUUAACCUCGUGGUUUUCCCACUAGAAGUAUUAUCCGCCGGAACCGGAGGUAGAACUACAUCAGAUGGAACAAUAUGUUCACCUCGUUUUUUCCGCGGGCGAGAAGGAAAAAACAUCGCAGUUUUCACGAAGCAACACCAAAUGAACCAAUCAUCGAAGUUUUCUGUUUCCCUCCAGCAAACUCUGUUCCGCGUCCUCUCCUCCUUCUGCACGAACCGCGUGCUGUUCCGGGGCGACAAGGACAUGCAGACGCUGCAGCAAGUUCUCAUAGACCUCCCGGUCCUGCGCAGCGAAUACGCGAGGGACUUGCUGCUUGCGGUUUUGGGCGACACGCGCCAGACACCCGAAUUUGUCAACGACACGCUGACAAAGCUAAAACAACUUAAUACGGAGACGACCGCUGGUGGUGCUAGUGGUACAAGUAGCACUAGUUCAUCAAUAUUGAACUCCUCGCACGCGGCCCCCACGCCCACUUCUAACACCUCAGCUCGCCUCUUUCGCUUCUACACGGAGCUGUUUCAAAAUCCGAAGAUCAGCAAAAAGAUAACCGCCUUGCCGAAGGGGUUGGGAAAACAAAGCUUGACCAGCACGAUCCGUGCGCUCGAGCAGCUCGUUUCCAAGUGCUGCACGACGAGGAUAUCGUCGGGAGGUGCUACAACUACGUCAACGGCAUCUGAAUUAUCCACUAGUACAAGUUUUUCAUUUAUUCCGCAAAGCCUGGAAGCCCACGCGGAAUCAUUGGAGCAGGCGUUGUACCUGAUCCGGACGCUGUUAAAGCACGUCGUGGUGUGUCAGAAGAUGCAGAAUUCGAGUUUUGUCACGGAGAUUCUGCAGAAUUUACCAGAAGCGGAGGAAAUCGUGAAACUGUUCCCGCUGUGCAUGUCCGGGUUUGAGGUAAGUGUAGAACACUACUACGAGCAGCAGAAGAAGAGGGAGGAGGAAAACAAAAAUAUGAAAGGUGGGAAAAUGAAUUCAAGAACAUCUACUUCUGCUCGGCAAAAAAAUCAAACGCUCGGCGAGGGUGACAGCGACGACGAUGAUGACCUUGACAUUCAUAUGGUCGAUCCGAAUCAGACUGAAGCUGUGCUGGAAAUAAACGAGGACGACGAAGGGGAAGAACAACAAAAUAAAGCAGGCUGUGCAGAUGAACCAGAUGAAGAUGCAGACAUGUCCAACGACGAGGGAAGCGAGAUAUUAAAAACCGAGAAAUUAUCAUCCGAAGUAGAGGAGGUGAUUUUCGUGAGAAAAAAUGCGGUGAAAAUCCAGAACCGGCUGUUCGCCGCCUGGUGCUCCGUAAUGGAGGCGUUUUUGUGUGUGCUUGGCCCGAGCAGUGUGCGGUUCGACUUCACGAAGCCGCUUUCUUCACUGGGUAAUAGUAUUAUGCCGACGAAAUUUCUGCUGGAGUUCGCCGGAGAUGAAACGAGAAAGCAACGGGUUCUGGUCUAUUUGAACCUCCUGCACACCCGGGUGUUUAACUGCGCAGAGAAAGCGAUAGUAGGCGACAAGUACUUCCUCCAUUACGUGAAUGCGCUAGCGAAAUUGAUGCGUACAGAGGACCAAUCCCUAGAAGCGGAUCUGUUUGACAACACGAUGCACAACGUCAUGCUCUCUGAGCAGAAACAAGCGGUCAAGUGCCGCGCCCGAGACCUGCUGUUGUCGGCCUGUCUUUCCAGCGGGGUCUUCAAAAACGUCUUCGACGAGAAAAGGGUCGAGAAAUUGAAGUUGAAACCGGACACCGCACCAUCAAAGGACAUCUUCGAGUUGGCAGUCACGGUGGACGGGUUUUUUAACAACUUCAACUGUGAAGGUGACGAUGAGGCGGAAAUGGAAAUGGAAAGUGCCAGAAGUUGUGCUACUUCGACUUGUUCCGUCCAGCACUCGGCUGAGGUGUUCUCCAAGUUGGUCGAAGAGGCCUUUCGCGUUCGCGCCGCGUUGUACGCAGAGGACAGCAAGAAGAAAGACCAGGAGUCAACAGACCAGAACCCGCCACAGAACUACAACCAGGAGCCCCCAACAACAUCUCCCGCACGGCUUCUCUCGCCCUUCGUCGUUGCUCUGCUGAAGAGGAUUGUGUACUUGACAUAUUGCAAGGGCGCAUUUGCAGUAGAAGAAGACGAGGAACUACAACAAGAUGAAGAAGAGGAUAAGAACGCGGAUAGUAAGGAGGAACAGGACGUAGCGAAAACGGAACAAAAAGUAGACCAUGGUGCGGCCUCGCCUGCUGGUGUGAUGGUGAUGGAGGUCGUUGUAGAAGACGAUGCAACUAAUACGACGACCCGAGGACAACUUCUCGCAGCAGGAGCUGCGAAGAUUGAUGAUGCGGCUGAGGACGAGGGCAGCAAUUGGAAUUGCAAUGAGAAUGGUGCGCAAGAAGAAAAUAACAAUGGCACCAGCAACAUCGGGGAAGUGGACCUAGAAGAUUCAUCGGAUGAGGACUCGGACUCUGAGGGUGCGACAGGAGUCAUACAGGUUAGGAACAAUCGAGGAGCAGGAGUAGAUCCUGCGCCAUCUGUAGUAGUAGUUGUGCCCAGAAAUAUUAGCAGCGGUGGUGUGCGUGUGCCUCAACCGCAAGAUGAUCAAGAGUCGUCCCCGACGGCGUCGAGAACUAUUAAACCAGCUAAAACUUCUUCCACACGACGAGGACCAAGCUCGGCCACUUCUACUCCUACUCCGGUGGAGCGAAUGAACCGGCGAGAGGGGGCUUUGCUGUUGGACGUCUUAAAUCGUUUACUCGUCUGGCACGAGGACUUGAGCAACCGCCGUGACGAGGCAGAGAGGGAAAAAUUAAACCAGCUUCCGUCGUUUGCGUAUCGGGUGUCGUUGUUUUUGCUGACAGAGUACGCGACCCGCGACGAAAAGUUCUCCGCCACCACCGGCGUGGCGCAUCAGGACCGCGAGAACGCGGCGCGGAAAGCCGCGGGGGAGGAGAAUUUUUUCGGGAAGGGCUCGCGGCUGGCAAAAUUGAUGGAUUGGAUUCUACCUGGAAAAAUGGGAAUCAAGAAGAACAUGAUCGUGGUCACCGACGAUAGUUGUGGCACAACUUCUCUAGCGGACGAAAAGGAAGGAGAUGAUGAGGAAAACGAGGAAAACAGCACCUCAGCUGAAGCUGAAGCUGGUUCGCAGGAUGUUUCCGGUAGAGGUACUACAAAGCGUGGUCAAGCUACGAAAAAUAUUAAUCACCUCGAAUACUACCGGGCCCGAAUCUACGCCAACGCACUUCUGUGGCACGUUCGAAAAAUGACGGCGGAGAUUCCGACCAGGACGUCGUCGAGUAACAAAAUUUAUUUCCCGCGCCCUCCCUGCGAAGAUAUGGUCGAGAGAAAACUGCAGAAGCUCACCCUCGGAAACAGAGAGCCCGAUGGAAUAGAUUGUUCCUCUCCUGCCAUGCUGGUCAAGGAAACUUGCGGCUUUAUCGAAAGCAACUUCUUCCAGCUGCACCCCUGGACCGCGGCCGAGCUACGCACGUGGUUCGCGAUACCAGAGCUCAUGUUGGAUCUCAUGUUGACAAAUAACGAUAAUGCUACAACAACCGACGAGGAGGAGGAGCAGCCUGGAAAUCCUCCUCCUUCGCCGACGAAAACCCUGCCGGAGCAGCUCGUUCAGCACUUUCUGCUCGCGAGAGGAGGAGAAGUUCAUCAAGUUGGUGAAAUUUUUAGAGAGGCAGACGGAACAUCAAACACGAACCAGUUGCACGAAGCCGAAAGUAACGACGACGGCGGCGACGAGGGCACCAGGAGGAGCUCCUUUGUAGCGCACAGCGAGGACCCUUCUAUGGUCGCCACGACCUCUUCUGGUACAUCCGACAACAGCAUCAACAGUCCACCGUUGGUGCUGUGCAAGAACGAAGACUAUACCAGCAGCGGUAAAACCAAAUCCAAAAGUCUGAGAAAUUCCAUCGUCCGCGGCUGCCGGUCUAACCUUAUGAUCACACCGGAACUGUUACUGCAGAACCUGCUGUCCAUUCGCGAAAAGAAACUAGUACACGACGCUAAUGCUUCUGAUACUUCAUCGUCCGAAGAUUUCUUGCAACAAGACUUCUUUCAACAAGACGAAACGGAGGAAAAAACCUUCACCCUUCCCUGGCUCGCCCGGCACCUCCUGUUGAACGUCGUCAAUCCGCGCUACCGGCGGAAAAUUUUGAAGAACCUCACGGCAGAGUUUGUCGCGUUUCAGCAGCAACAGAACAAAGCGAAGGACAGUGGUACUAGCAGCUGCAGAGAUCCAAUUGUUAAAAAUAUUGUCACGAAUCCAGCUAGUGUCAAUUUCCUCCUGCAAGCCACCUCCAGAGAUGAACAUGAAGAGUCUUUCGCGACGGUGGCGAAGAAGGUCUAUGACGAACAGCUGAACCACCCGGACAUUUUGGUCGCCGUGCUGAAAAAUUUCCUUCAGAAGCCGGAACCCAGGCAAGCGAUGGCGGAGCUGGAAAGACGGUUGAAAAUAAACUUGGUCUACUUCUGCUCCCACCAGAGUGGCGAAGCUGCAGGGGACCACGGAAGGGCCGGUAUGAACAGUGGCAGAGGUGAAAAACAAGAUGCACCUGCUUGCAAUAUCCUUGGAGGAUCGUUCGAAGACGCUGAAGAGCAGGACCCAAAAGCGCACCCGGCGUAUGACCUCGCGCUCGUCCAGUUGGUUAGACCUGACCUUCUGAGGAACCGCCGGCGUGUAGGAAGUACCAGACCUGCUGAAAUUGUAGAAGAGCAAAUUACAGCUAUGACGAAAAAAGAGAACGCAAGCGAGCAGUUGGAGGAGUUGGUAUUGGCUCUGUGCGAAACCCUGACUGCCUACGUACUCUCAGUGCCGCACGGAACACCAGUCACGGACGAGGAUGAUAAAGCGGAUAAACAGGACGACGAAGCGAAACUGGACGUCGACGAAGCGCAACAGGAUGACGAAGCAGGAGCGCAAGACCUACUUGUAGAGCCGGCGACUAAAAAAAGGAAGGUUGUUGUUCACCGAGAGGAAAUGGACAUGGACAGCAUCAGCAAGCCAGAGGAAGAUGGCCACGAACAAGUGACACUGUCGUCCAACCGAUUCUGGCCCAAAAACAAGUUGUCCUUGGCGGGGUAUGUCACUUUUCUGAAAAGGGACCUCUUGCCCGCGCUACUGGGGAUGAUCGCCGGGUUUUGUGACAACGACGACGUCGAGGAAAAUAGAUGUACAACAUCAAGGAACAAAAUUUAUUCUGCUGCAAGGAACCAGCGUCUUCUGGUUGUCCUCAAGCUGAUGUUUCUCCUACCGCACGUGGACCGCAGUGGACAAAUAUCCACCCGCAACGGCCAAAAAGUCAGGACUGAGGAGGAGUUAAAGGAACAGCUGCGGAGAAGUACGAGCCCCCUUGGCGCUCCUCCAGGAGUAAAGCUGGCAGACAAAAUUGCGGAAGUAGUAGCUCAAGAACAAAGCGACGCUCCUCCAAAAGUAGAUCUGGAAAUAAUAUCGAGAGUGGUGCAAAACUUCCUCGCUGCCUACCUCCGGGACGAAACAUCUUUAUUUCCGAAAGAAAUCUUCAACGACGGCCUUGAUGGUUCAGUGAGCACGUUUAUCAAAUGCAAAAAUGUCUGGGUCCGGAAGAUUUCCAGGUUUGUCAUGCAUAUUUCGCAUGGGCUAUGAUGCCUGUAGUGCAUGAUCUAGCAUGACAGAUUUUUUGCGGGAAUCUUGAUGCCUAUCCCGCAUGACAAAUGCCCGCUCCGCGGAGCAAAAACUGGACGCCUCUUGCUGCUCAUGCAAUACAGAUUUUUGUGGGUUCCAAAAAUAGCAUCACAAGUUGCAUUCUUCCAGACCCAGACAUAUUUGCAAUGCAUAACGUUCCAUCAGCGCAUGUGGUUUCAGCUGCGCCUUCAGGAGGGGUCUGCGGUGGAUCAAAAGAUUGAACGCGAAACGAUGCUGAACGUGGUGGGCAAGCUGAAUAGGAACAGCAACGACGAGGUAUUAUGAUGUUGUUGACAAUAUUGCUUUAUACUUUUUAUGCAAGAACAAUCUACAGAAUUUUGGUUUUUCUUUUCUGUUGUCUUCAAACACAUGACAACUAACAACUGCUGGGUCAAGGUCAACAAAAGGAAACGCAACAAAUACAAAAAGAUAAAAUUAAGCUAUAAGUAGCAUUUCCACACCAUGAACUAAACAGGCAACGACCUCGGACCACGGCAAGAUCGAAGAUCCUGAGAUCAAGCUUUUCCACGCGUCUUUGACAAACGAUUUUGAACUGCAAAAGGCGGCGUAUUUCGGCUUCUUGUCUUUUGUUAACCAGACGUAUUGGGACGAAAGCAGACCAAAUAAAGCAAAACAGCAGCACGACGAGGAAAAGGAACAAGCAGCACAAGAAGACGGUGCAAAAAUAAAGACUUCUGUCUGCCUAGACACACAACUCGCAGAUGAGUUUUAUUUCCAAAAAGAACGAUCACGCAGCGUGCGUUUCACACCGCCGGACCUGUGGUUGCAGUACCUGUUGCCCGGAGUGCUGCGGAGUUGCUGGUGCACGGAAGAAGAAGAAGAAGAAGUACAAGGAGAUGUUGUUGACACAGGAGCAGGAGAACAAAAAACGAGCAAAAAAGCACAACUCGCCGUCACCCCUGCCACCGUGGACGUGCUCGAAAAGAUCGACGAUGAUGAAAUUUUUCUGCCCCUGGCAUUUGACUACUUGGAACAAAUCGUAGCCCCGGUUUGUGCAUCACUGUUCGUGCAAUCUACUACCUCUUCCCUGGAUAGUUCAAGUUCAUCAACUUCCCGCGAAGCGACAGAUUAUAGCCUGGAGGUUUUGGACCGAGCUGAAACUACUAUCGUGAAAAACCUGGUCGGAAGCUCGAACUUCCUACCCCAGGCGCGGAGGAUCGCAGCACGGGCGGCGAGAGCAGCGCUCUGGUAUCCGGUGAGCAGGAAGAAGAUGAAGAAAAAGAAGGGGGAAAAAAAUGACGAAAAGAACAAAACCAACGGAUUUUUAACAGAAGAGAUUUCAAGUACGUCGACUCGCAAGUGCGAAAAGCAGUCUUUUCUCAAGUACAACGACAAAAGAAAGCUGCCCUGUGAAUGGAACCUGCAACUCCUGAGCUUUUUCCAGCAACUCCCUGAUAAACAAGUACCAGACGCCAACGACAUAAACAAGAUCUCGGACCUCUUUCUCCCCUACAACGCCUCCCUCUCGACUGCCGACCAGGAAAUGUACGACCUGGCGGCCUUCUGCGAACACGCCUUCGACCAGGUGGUGCCUCUGUGGGGAGGGGCAAAAGAGGUUUUCCUUGGAAAGCAAGAAAACUACCAAACGGUGGAAUUGCAACUGUUGCAGGUGUUAGAGCCGAACCGACUGCGCUACACCUUGGAACACCUUUACCCGCACCUGGACGACUGGUACAAUUCUGCAAAUCAGCAGGCGACAAAAACGACAGAAAUAACUGCUGAGAUGACCAGGACCAGCAGCGCGGCGCACCAAAUACUGAACCCCUCAACAUCUUCGAAGACUUUAUUUGACACCGCAACGGCCUACGAUCUCCGGGUGCUGUUUCGCACGCUGUAUCGGGAACUGCUCCAACAUGGCGAUGAUACCGACGAGGAGUUGACGCGAGUUCUGAAGCCCAACUUGAACCUCCAGCCGUUGUACCAAUCGACCCUUUUCCCGCUGCUCCUCGCAAGUCUGGGCAUGCGGUGCGACACGGUGCGCAGCCUGGCUCUCAACGUCUUAGCGGUGCUGCACAGCGCACAGCCGGAGAUUGUGGAAAGUUUUCGGAAAAUUUGUACCGCUAACGGUGGACGAUCCUCGGAGAAAGACAAGGAGGACUUGGAAGGGGUUAACAAAGACGUCGACAUGGAAAGAAGAACGCGAGAAGAAGUAGAGGCUGACGUCGCUAUGGAGGUGGACGGGGAAGAGCAACAGGAGGAUGACAUCCAAAACGACAAUACGAAACUAUCGCAAAAGACGCAGCUUUCCGCUAACCUCGAAAAGAACCUCGCGGCUGCCCCGAUUCAGAUCGCGAUGCUGCUCGACCAGGUCCGCAAUUCUUUGCUGCCCUUGGCGUCUGCAUCAACUUCAGAAGCAACUUCUACCGUGGUCGAGCCCAUCAACCCUGUUUUCGCCAUGUUUUUCGCGAAAUCGGCUCAGUUGUUUCUCCUGCACGAUAGUUCUUCCGGUUCCUCGACGACGAGUGUGUUGAACAAUGCCGGAACUUCUUCUACAAGUACAACAGCAUUCAACACCUCCCAUCUGAUCCACAGCAACAACUUAUUUCGCAAAGUGGCGAAGUUGUUCAACACCCGGCCGGACUUCCCGACCGACGAAAACACGCCGCAAAAUUUGAACUGGGUCUUAGAUUUGUGGAAGUCGGAAGAUGCAGAGCACGCGAUCGAAGAAAAGCGCUUCCUCCUCAAUAUAGUGAAGCACUCCGGGCACCGUGGGUACUUGCCACUGAAAAACGGGAAAAAGAUGCAGCAAAUCCUUGCGGAAUCCGGGUCCAGCGAAAUCUGCCCGUUCACGGUAUUUGCCGAGGUGGUUGCCGCGGUCAGCGCUUUGGUACCGUCCGAGUCGCUUCAUAUGGUUUCUUCUAGGGACGAGGACGACGAGAAAACAGGGAAUAAUUAUGGGGGCUGUACUCCUUCUUCUACAGGAGCUUGUUCUACUUCCCAAAAGCAAGUUCUCGAACUCCUAAACCAACACGGUCUGUUGGAUUGGGUUUUGUCCAAUGCGGACUGUGCUCGACGGUGGGACGGCAACUGGAAACUGUACCGCGUAGUGCUGGAGAAGCUGGCGAUGCUCGUGCAAAGAUUGUUUGACGCGUACGUGGUUUUUUGUUCCUCGCUGCUGGGCGAGCAGAAAGUCAAACACGACAAGGCGGUCGUCCAACGUGAAAAAAACUACAACCCAAGGGUUGUAGACAGCAGCAAGAUGAACAGCACGACCUGCAUUGUCGUGGCUGCACCCAAAAUUAUAAGUAAAAAGCGGAGAAGCACAACAGCAUCAAGUGGGGACAACUACGAGGGUCAUGACGAAGACUACCACGGAAGAAAUCUUAAACUGAAGCAGGUUUUUGAAACAGUACUAUCGAAGCUGACCAAGGAACACAACCUGACGAUGCAAAAGUUGCGGGAACUGCAUGGAGAUCCUGGUGGAGUAGAAGACGAGCAGGAGGACAAAACUGGGAAAAUUCUGUGCAAGUUGCGGUCAAACAUCAGAAUGUUGGCCUAAAGUUGUGAUGUACCCUUCAAUAGUGACAUGAAAGAUGCGCAUACCUGCUACGUGAAAGAUUUUCCACUUUUCGGUCACUACAGUCAGCAUUUUUUUGCAAGUUUCCUCAUGCAGUCAAGUCUUUUCUGG